CCAGUAUUAUCUCCUUCCCUCAAAGUGAUCGACAUCAUCCAUCCUCCAACGAAUGAACUUGAAGAUCUCAAAGAGCUGAAACUCCUAUGCUCUGUUUAAUCUGUCAUCCCGUUAAUACAGCGCAGACAUUGGAGGUGUUUACUCAACUCCAAAAUGGCGGACAAGUCGGCCAAGUACCGGACGGAGAUUCAGCAGAUGAUGUUCGUCUCGGGCGAGACGGCAGAUAUCCCUCCCGAGACCACCGGCACAGUGGAAGAGAUUGUGCGUCAACAAGUCAUUGAAAUGCUGAGCCAAUGUACCUCCCAAGCGGCUAGAAGAGGCGUCCGUUCUAUUUCUACAGAGGACCUCAUCUUCCUUAUCCGCCAUGACAAGGCAAAGGUAUCGCGCUUGCGAACCUUUCUCUCCUGGAAAGACGUGCGAAAGAACGUCAAGGACUCUGAUGACAAAGGAGGUGCUGAUGCUGAUUUCGUCGCUGGCGAUGACCCUAUCGGUGCAGGAGUAGUUGGCGGACCUGGUCCCGGAGGAGAUGCGGGCAAGAAGAACAAGAAGGCCAAAGUCGGAUUACCUUGGGAAGUUCCUAGUCUGUACAGCGAGCAAGUGCCGGAAAGAGAAGACGAGGAGGACGAGGAAGAAGAGGAGAUGAACUACGCCACGCUGCAACGACUGAAGAAUGCCGAUGAGCGCACAAAGAACAUGACAAAGGAAGAGUACGUCCACUGGUCCGACUGCCGCCAAGCUUCGUUUACUUUCCGCAAAGGCAAACGUUUCAAGGAAUGGGCCGGCUUUGGUAUUGUUACCGAUAGUAAGCCGAAUGACGACAUUGUUGAUAUUCUGGGUUUCUUGACCUUUGAAAUCGUCCAAACGCUCACCGAGGAGGCGCUCCGAGUCAAAGAUGCCGAGGAUCAAUUCAAGCGUGAAAGUGGCGGAGAAAACCAGAGCCGGAAACGUAAGCGUGAGAGCGGUUUAUUCGAUCCCCCAGAGGAAGUGCGCGCUCCAGUUCAACCGCGACACAUACAGGAGGCUUUUCGCAGGCUGCAGCACCGCGAGAACAAGGGCAAGGCCAUGAGAAUGUAUGGUCGUUCUCUGCACAGGACGCCCCUUAAGAUGAUUUAAGAAUGAUCUUUGCAUUGCAUUUCAACGAAUGACGUUAAAUACAAUGCUUCUCUCGAAUAUGGUGGCUUUAUCUCAGUGGCGUUAAAGGUUUAAUUAGAUACCACCACCUACCUGGGGCGGGUGGAGAAACGGACGGCGUGUGAUCGGAACAAGGAAUAUUAAGGACGUUACAUUUAGCAUUGCGUUCUACAAGUGCAGUUUGUCACAUAUAUCUAAUGAAAGGCGGACCGAAUCAUGGUUACUCUGCCG